UUCUUUAAACGAUGCCGUCUUUUUUCUCAAAUUAAAGUCAUAAAGUAUCUUGUUUUAGGAGGAACAUCUCGAUCAGAAACAUUCAGUAGUAUACAAUGCAAAAACGUCACGGAGGCGUGGUUAGUGACUCUACGCUGAUAAAGAGUGACGGAGGCUCGUUCUCUACUACGAGACUGACUGCUGUUUGCGCAACUGUCGGUGGAGAGCGCAGUCUGACAUCGCUGGGAGGUUAGAAAAUGUCCUGUUGGUUGAGGGAACAGACUUUGUUGCUGGCAGAAGAUUACAUCGGCUUCUGCAGCGGGAUCCAACAGACGCCUCCCAGCGAGUCAGCAGAGGCCAUGAGAUACCUGGCCAAAGAGAUGGAACAGCAGCACAGAACCAAAUUUCGAUCCCUCUCUCAGGAGUUCCUGGACACCUGCAGAUCAGAUCCCAGCAAGUGUCUGCAGAGCGUCAUGAGGGAACUGGUGGAAGAUGGAAAACUGAACUGGGGAAGGGUGGUUUCCAUCUUUACUUUCACUGGAGUGCUGGCCAGUGAGCUUCUGUCCAGAGGAGAGAAUUCUGAGUGCUCCAAGAGACUGGCUGAGACCAUAGCUGACUACCUAGGAGGGGAAAAACAAGACUGGCUGGUGGAAAAUGGAGGAUGGGAGGGUUUCUGCAGGUUUUCCCACAACGCAAAACAGUUGAACCAAGAGUCGUCAAUGAAGACGGCACUGUUUGCAGCAGCAGGAGUGGGUUUAGCUGGUCUAACCUUUCUCUUAGUACGCUGAUGAUUUUAGAUUCUCUCGCUCUCUUUUUCUCUCUUUCACACACUACAUACCUGCUCUGUUUUCUGUCAUAUGGCUAAGUCAAAACAGUUCUUAAAGAGAAACCGGUCUUUGGGUUCUCAGCCGAAUGUUUUUGCACAUUUCUUUCCAUGUCCUUGCCUGUAAUUACAGCAAACAGUCAUUCCUGUUGAUUGUAUACUCUUCACAUGGCCUUCUGGAGAAAAAAGAUGGAAGUUCUAAUUCUUUGCAUAUCUAACAUGGUGCUUUUUAUUUCAUAAUUGCUUUUGUCACCUGUCCCUGUGUAAAUCUUGUUAGUUUAGAUAGUAUUUACAGUUUAUUUUGUGGACAUGAUAUGAAACCACAGUUUAUUGUUUGUAAUGUUUCUUUCAGUCUGAAAACACAACGCUUCACCGAUCGCAGUUGUGUCAGAAACCAUUGUAACGCAAAAGAGACAAAGCACAAAUGUUUUGUAAUGAGUUAUUCAUAUGUCUCUUUUUUUUUUUUUUAGACCACUUUUUGCCUUGACUGGUGGUUUACAUUUGAUCAUUUACACCUUCCAAUGUCUCUCAGUUUCAUCCUGAAAGUCAUUUGUUUUAUUAAAGGUGCUAGCUUGUUCGGUUCCAAGGAUGUGAUAUUCUGCCCACUUGUAAGUUUACGUUGUAAAUUUAUUUAUUUACCUUAUAAGAACAAAUUAUUACUAUUUAGGCAAUUCCCAACAAUUGACAAAACAUUAUAUUUUUGCAUUGUUUUAUUUAUUGACUUCUUUCUUAAUAAAAUAAUUUUACUGUGAAGACAA